ACAGGCAGCAGAAUGGCCUUGCAUCGUAGAUUUCACCGAUCGAGCAUUCUGGAUUAACGUAGUGUUUCUUGGCACUCGUGCAUCGUGUUGAUUGUGCGUGAUAAAAAGCGGCUGCUAAACAAGAUGUAUAAAAUUUGAACAUUUGUCUGAAGCCUGAUGGAUUUGUGAACGGUGACAACGGUGCCGGUGUGACUGAAUUCUAAUCCAUAGCGACCGUUGAAGUAUCUCCAAUAUUUUGAUAAGAUCUUCAAGCUUGGAGACACGAUAAAUAUUCUUGGAUAAAGAUUACUUCGCUCUGUUUGUGUUUGAACGAAGCGCUCGCGUCAGAAUUAAUACUACCCAACCUAAGUCCCAAAAUCACGUGCUCGGAUCCAUUCCUAAUUACAUUUGCAACAUAUUGUCUAGUAUAAUAAAAUCACAUAAGUAUAAAUAACGCAAAGUCAUAUAGUCGUAUACGUUCCAAAAAACUUCUAUCGAAAUGGUUAAAUAUUUUGAAAGUAGUACAAUAUUCCAAUUCAGUUGGGAACAAGUUGCUCAAGGUUAUUGGCACCGAUAUCCAAAUCCUCACAGCACCCAUGUUUUAUCCGAGGAUACGAUAUCCAGAGAAGUGAAGAACAAUAAACUAUAUUCGAAGAGGCUUUUAACAAAAACAAACAGAGUGCCAAAAUGGGGUGAACGGUUUAUAAGUAAGAAUGUCGUGAAAAUUGUCGAGGAAAGUGUUGUCGACCCAAAAAAGAAGACCUUGACUACUUAUACUAGAAAUUUGGGAUACGCCAAAGUUAUGACCGUCAUUGAAAAGGUUGUAUACAAGGUGUCCGACGAGAAUCCCAAAUGGACAGUGGCUGUAAGAUCGGCCUGGAUCGACAGUCAAGUUUACGGAUUCAGCCGGGCGAUUCAGGCCUUUGGAAUGGACAGAUUUAGGAAGAAUUGUGCGAAAAUGUCGGGUGGAUUCAAUUACGUUUUGGCUCACAUGUUUCCGCGAACCGCGGAAUAUAUGAAUCCUGGUCUGGUGCAGAUGGGAUACAUAGACAAGAUGGAGCAACCACCCAUAGCGAAGUUGACGCAUGCUGCAGAGGAUAUUCAGCAUUCGUUUCACGAUAAGGCUGAGAAGAUGAAAGACGCUGCCAAGAAGGCGACCGAUCUUGCCAAGCAAAAGGCUGGACCAAUUUAUGCGUCUUGUCAGCCAAGUCAAUCCUAAUGGUAUUAUUCGAUGAGUCUGUACGAACGUGUAUGAAAACCAAACCACACCGCAUGAUGAAAUAUACAUGUGUGAGAUAA